CAGUUUGAGAAAUCUGCCGAAAAUAUAUAGAGAGAGAAAGUAGGGUUUAAGGAAACUUACGUCUUCAGACAAAACCCUAAUCUGAUUUUCUUUUAAUAAGCUUAGUCGCGCCUCCUUAUUUUCAAAUUUAUGGGUUCUUGUUCAGAAAUCUUGAUUUUGCAGCUCGGAAAUGGUGGAUUUUUCCAACAAUCUCACCGAUGAAGAUGAUGACCUGCUGAAUCACUCUCCAGAAUCAGACAACAUCGAUAGCCAUCCUCUUCCUCUCGACCUCUUUUUUUCUGAAGAACUUGACGAAUUAACUGUAUCUUUUGUUGAUUCAUUUUUUGACUUUGAGACUAUGGAUAAUUUGAUCGAAGGGAUUCCGAUUUCAGUAACGCCUGAUAUUAACGCGGAUGCUGUACAAGAAACGAAAGCCGAAGAUGGAUUCGUAGCAUUGGGAAAUUCACGCUCAGGCUCAGGCUCAGGUUCAGGUUCGUCUAUUGUGGAUGAUAUUGAGAUGGUAAGUCUGCAAGCGGCAUCAACUGACUUGAUUGUUGAGAAUGAUAACGUUAGUAAGCCGGGUGAACCGAUUGUUGACAAUCAAAACGCAGAUGGGUUCGUAGCAUUGGGAAAUUCAGGCUCAGGUUCGUCUAUUGUUGAUGAUAUGGAGAAGAUAAGUCUGCAAGUGGUGUCAACUGACCUGGUUGUUGAGAAUGCUAACGUUAUUAAGCCGGAUGAACAGAUUGUUGACAAUCAUAACAGAGAUGAUGCAGUCAAGAUUGGUGAAAUUUCGCUUUCUACGAAGGAAGAUAAGAAGGAAGAAGUUAGCGAGAGUAGCUCGGAUUCAGAGAGCUCUGAUUCAUCAUCAUCUUCUUCUUCAUCGUCUUCAAGCAGUGAAGAUGACGAUGAUGAUUCCAGUAGUGAAGAAGACGAUGAUACAGAUGAAGAUGUAGAGAAGAAGAGAGUAAAAGAUCCCAACAUGGAAGAAGGCGAGAUAAGCGAUUCAGAUAUUGAGAAUAUGAUUGCUUGCAGCGAUGAAGAUGAUGAAAAUGGCUUUGUCGCCAAAGAGCCUAUUAGAUCCGCCAACGAGCUUGUGAUUCUCCCUCAUGUUCCUGAAAUAACCGCACGUUUGGAAUCAAACCACAUAACUGAGCCCGUUGGAAUAAUCCAAUCUAUUAUCGGGAACCAAGUAAUUGUGGAGGGAGUUGAAAAACACAAUCCUCUAAACGAGGGUUCUAUCAUGUGGCUAACUGAAAGCAGAUCCCCAUUGGGACUCGUUGACGAAAUCUUUGGACCUGUCAAGAAUCCUUUCUACAUAAUCCGAUUCAAUUCAGAGAAUGAAAUUCCGAAAGGAAUCAAAGAAGGUACAGCAGUGUCGUUCGUUUCCGAGUUUGCCGGUCACGUUCUAAACGACCCAAGUGUCCACAAGAAAGGGUACGACGCUUCCGGUUUGAACGACGAAGAAACCGACGAGACAGAGUUUUCCGACGACGAGAAGGAAUCUAAGCACAAGAGAUUGCUAAAAGGGAAGAAUAAGGGUAGUAGUAACGAUAUUCAUGCGUUUGGAAAUUCGAAAUUCAACAAAAGGAACAAAAACCGAGGAACAACAACAAGUACAUGGAAGAACAACAAUAAAGAAGUUCAAAAUGUGCAAAGCCAACAAAGUGUUCCAACCGGAGGUGGUUCGAAUCAGAACAUGAGUCAUCCUCCUAUGAUGUUUAAUUUAGGUCAACCUCCCUCCGGGCAAGUAGUUCCACCUACAAAUGGAGUUUGGAUGAAUGGAAAUCCUAGCCAACAGCAAAACCAACAACCUCAAUUUCAUUCCGGGAACCAACAACCUCAAUUUCAUCCUGGGAACCAACAACCUCAAUUUCAUCAUGGGAACCAACAACCUCAAUUUCAGCCCGGGAUGAGUAAUCCAAAUGGGUUUCCUUCAAACGGAAUGCCAUGGCCAGCUUCUGUUAAUCCCCCCACUCCUUUCCCGAUGGGCAUGCCAAUGCAGUUCGGCGGUCAAUCGGGUUGGCCUGUAAACAUGGGUCAGUCGUUCCCUUUUGGGAUGGGUAUGCAUCAAAAUACGACACCUACUGUUAACCAACAACCGGGCAUGAUGGGGCAGGGAUUCGGGAUGAUGAAUGGGCAGGGACAAGGACAGCCGAAUAUGAAUGUCGGUUUUCAAGGGUUCAAUGGAAAUUGUCAAGGAUUCAACAUGGGUGGUGGUGGUGGUAACAACAGUAGUGGCGGUGGUGGUAAUAGUGGUGGUGAUGGUGGUUGGAGAGGAGGCGGUAGAGGUGGCGGUAGAGGUGGCGGUAGAGGUGGUGGAGGGCGGUUCAGAGGCGGCAGAGGGCGGCAGCAGCGUCAUUGACUGAGUGAAAACAUUAGUAAGUUGUUCUAUUAUACUUUUUUUUUGGAUGGCAACAGACCAACUUGAAUUUUGUUCUUUUUUUCUAAGGUUUGAUUUCUUAUUAUGCAUAGGCAUUUUAAACUCUUAAUACAGUGAAAGACUAAUCUUAGAAGAAAAAUCUCAACUUUUUUCUA